AUGUCCAUACGUAACCUGGCAUGGGAAGUCCUAUCCUACAUAUCCCAAGAGCUCGACGUGGACGACCUUUUCAACUUGUCUCUAUCGUGUCGACAUUUGCAAUGCCUCAUUCGUGAUAACAACAUAUGCAAGAGGGUCCUCCAGUCGGCCGCCCCAUCCGCACCCGAGACCAGGUCGGCUCAUGCCAGCAAAGAGUAUGCCAGAGCUUUACGGCUGAUUUUCAAACGUCGAAAUGCCAUCUCAUCGGCGUCUCCAUACCUUGCCGCUGUUGUUGCCGAUGCGGAAUCAUUUAUCUAUUCGAGUGGGGUUCUCUGCUACAUUAACAAGGGUCUGCUGAGGUUACGGGAUCUUCAUAACUCGGCACCAACUGAAAGUGUUAUCGACAUCGGAAAGCUUUUAAAUACAGAUCAAGGCCUUUCCAGCACAGUUGGGAGAAAACAAAACUACAGUUUCCACAUUCUGCACUAUGCCAACGGAUUCGUUUCUUGCCGCUACGUACCCAAGGACUCACCCGUCAGCUGGCUUGUUGUCAUCAACCCUUCCCAAGGCAGCGUGCUCAGUUAUGCACUUGAAUCCUCGCGGAAAAUCUUUGUGAGGAACAGCGACCAGUUCCUCUAUUACGGUACUCACUGCGACAUCGCAGAGGACGGAAGCAGACGGUGGGCACUCCGAGGCUGCAAUCUCUUGGAUGGCGAGUGGCAUGGUUAUUUGACACAUCUACCUGAGAUGAUUGGGUCCGAAAUUGGCACCAAUAUCUGCUUCGAAAUCAUUGACGGCUACUUUUAUGCUCUUGCAAACCAGGCCCUCUUCGAAAGGGAGGAAAUUCGCUGGACCUCCUACUACACAUGCGUUCGAUUCCCCGUCAAUCAAGCCAAACCCAAAAGUACACAACUGGGCACUAUGAAGGAGAUUUGGCGGAAAUUUCAUUCUGAGGGGCCAAUUGAUGAUCGAUGGAACUUCAUCAAACUCAUAAAGGAUGAGCGCACUGGGACGCUGACCAUCGUUGAGGGGCGUAGAGAGUGGAGGGCGGGAGCCAGCGCAAGCCGCACCUACUACACAAGCGCGCUCGAGUUUCCCAGCGCCAGCCGCACAUACUAUAAAAGCGAGCUCCAGUCCCCCAGCGAGAUUUACAGCGAGCCAGCAAUAUCUGGACGUGCAGUGGGAAAUUAUUCUGCAGGUUUCUUAUCUCCUAACACCGCUUCUUCAUCCUCGACAGACUAUUCCUGCAGCCCCGCGGAUACGGAUGAUGAUGAUGAUGAUGGUGAUGAUGAUGACGAAGAAGCACCUACGAGCAGAUCUCCACAUAUGGUGCACCCUGGGGAUAACGCUGCUACCCUACCUGUUCUAACUCUGAACAACUCACUCCUGCGGUGUUACCACUCAAGUUGCCAGACGUAUUUGGACCUGGUCAACCACGGCGAUUUCGGCAAUAGGCAAGGGAUAAGACUGAGGGUCGGUUCAAGAAGUCUCCGCUCACACUCGGAACUAGGUCCGCUAGUCACACCCACAGACGAAAACCCUCUUUACCCUGACCAGCAGAUUAAGAGGCUAUACAAAUCAGCAGAAAUUAAGUUCUGGCCGCCUGCGCACUGGAUAAACGACAGCAAAAACGGUCGAGACCUCGAUGGAAUCCUCAACCCACAGGUACACAAAGGAGAUUUCACAGGAAUGUGGGAUGACAGAUCCAUGUGUUACGCAACGGGUGGCUCCACUAAGACCAUUGUUUUCAUCUCGUUUGAUCCUUCCAUCCGUCUCGCGGGCAUCCGUCCGUGGUUCCCAGGAUCGCAGGAGGAGGGACAAGGGAUUCAUCAGCAUGUUGCUGCGGUCGGUAACAACGCAGCUGUGAGGCCAGGGAAGAUUUUUAACCAAUUCCAGCACACCAGUGGAACUUGUUCCCAGCGUGUGCCUCUGAGAUUGCCAGAGGAGUCCGGUGGGGAGCAAUUUGGGAUUGAUAGUGCCACCGAAUCAUCUCUGGCCGGAGGAAGUAUACUCUCGAAGACGGCAUCAUCCGAGACACCCCCUCCGAUCAACAAUGGCGACUCCAAGAAGCCAGAGUGGACCUGGACUGCGCGUCCAGUGCAAACCUCCAUCCACAAAGGGUUUCAUUUUGCGUUAUGA